AUUAGUUGGAUUCCAGUAUAUGUUGAUGAUACUCAAAGUCUUUGUGUGAUGUCAAUUGGUUUAUUAAAUAAUAAAGAUGAAGCUGUUGUAUGGAGAGGACCCAAGAAGAAUGUGAUAAUUAAUCAGUUCUUGUCUGAUGUAGUUUGGGGUCAGUUGGAUUAUCUUAUUAUUGAUACUCCACCAGGUACAAGUGAUGAACAUAUUUCAGUUGUUGAGAAUAUUAAGUCAAUAUCACCAGAUGGAGCAGUACUAGUAACCACACCACAAGGUGUAUCAUUAUCAAAUGUGAGGAGAGAGGUGUCAUUUUGUAAAAAGAUAUUAUUACCAGUUAUUGGUAUUAUAGAGAACAUGCGUGGGUUUGUGUGUCCACACUGUUCAGAAUGUACUAAUGUAUUUUCCACUGGAGGAGGUGAAGAAUUAGCUAAACAAUGUCAAGUCCCUUUCCUAGGUACUGGUUCAUUAUAA